CUAGGUUUUUCAUAUAAAGGCUUGAAAGUGACCUGAGUUAUUGGUUGGCCGUUUUUAGUCUCUCUCCUUACAAUUGCCAUUUGCCAUUGCCAUUGCCAUUGCCAUUGUCUACUCUGUUUCUCAUAUAAGCCCACACUUCUCAAGCUUGUAUACUUUGCAAGUUCGAUUGUAAUGGAGUCGAAGCCGCCUCAAGAUCCACCUAGGAAGCUCAAGUAUAUGCCUAAAGCUCCUCCACGCAGGCCACCAAAGCCUGAAGUUAAAAGUGAAACGGCUGAGGAUGAGGAUGCUACUCAGGCAAUGAAGUUAAUGAAACAAUUUCAAGAAAGGUCUAUGAGAGCAAAGCCUAAAGCUGAAAAGAAAGUGCAAGCUUCUCAAAUUGCUUUUGGCUUUGGAGCUGCAUCCCCUAGCAUAAAAUCGUAUGCUGCCCCCAAAGUUGGAGCUGCAGUUAACCAUAAUCAGGGUUCAUCUGUCAAUGGUGGUGCUUAUUCUUCAGAACUUGGUGAAAAAGAAUACAUUGAACCAUGGAAUUAUUACAGUUAUUAUCCUGUUACUCUUCCUUUGAGAAGGCCAUAUUCAGGAAAUCCAGCAACUCUCAAUGCCGAGGAAUUUGGGGAGGCUUCAGAUACUUCAGAGUAUGAUGAAAAUUCUACAAAUUCAGCCAUAAAUCUUGGUUUAAUGGAAGAAAACGUAGAGGCAAAUAUGUUCUUUCUUCAGUUACCACCAACAGUGCCUAUGAUAAAGCGCUUAGCUACUGCGGAUGGCCAUAAAGUGAAGGAGGAGAAGACCUGCAAAUUAGACGAGUUACCAGCUGGCCACAUGGGUAAAAUGCUAGUGUACAGGAGCGGUGCAGUUAAGCUGAAGCUCGGUGACACCCUUUAUGAUGUCUCCCCAGGCUUAGAUUUUGCUUUUGCUCAAGAUAUCGCAGCUAUCAAUACCGCAGAGAAGCAUUGUUGUGUUGUUGCAGAGAUUGACAAGCAUGCCAUAGUAACCCCAGAUGUGGAUGCCAUCAUCAAUAGUAUGGCUGAUUUGUGAUAGUAUUUUGCUUCUUUUAUACAUAUAAAACUGAUAGGUCUUAAGUUUUUCUUUGAGGCAUAAGAAUCUUUCAUUUUCAUGUAUUCAACAUCUCUUCAUCAUAAACAAUAAAAUGGGAGGAGGGGGUAAGGGGUUGUCAAAGACGGGGGAAAAGUUGCUGUAUGGACUAGACUUUUAAGGGAGUCAUAGAAGCAAAGUCUAUCGCCGCACCGAAUCUGCAGUCUUUUCUUCUGAGUCAUUCAAGGUUUUUUGGUUGGAGUAUAUUUAACUUGUCGCAGACACCAUUUUUUGAUACUUAGAAUACAUACAAGUCAAAAUUAUAAUGUGACUCUAUGAACCAGGGUUUUAUCAUUUAGAAUUUUUUUCCUUUUCA